CUAGUAACAAGAAUACCAAAAGUUGCUCAAAUAGUCAUAUGAAUGAGCUGCCACAUAGCAGAGAGAUAGAGAUGCUAUCAUCAACCAUUUCUUCCCUAAAUUUGCCACCAAGAACCCAACUUUCCUCCUCAAACCCUCCAUUUUUCCCUCAAAGAUACAAUCUUGCACCUUUCCACAAUAUGACAUCUUCUCCAUUUUCUGGAGGGUUAAUUAACUUGAGGGUAAAUUCACCAACUGCAAUUGGCAGUAAAAGAGAUUCUGUAAAUAGUGGGUUUUAUACAUUGAUGGAGUACAUGGGCAAAGACGGAGCGGCUGAUGACUUGGUAUUGUUGUUUGGUCACUUAGAAUAUGCCUCCAAGAAAAUUGCAGCACUUGUUGCUUCCCCUUUCAAUUCCAGCCUCAGCAAGAAUAUUGUUGGCACUGAGACUUCUUCUUCUGAUAGAGAUAAGCCUAAGCCUCUUGAUUUAGUCUCGAACGAGAUUAUAUUGUCGUCUCUUAGAAAUUCAGGAAAAGUUGCUGUAAUGGCCUCAGAAGAAGAUGAGGGUCCUGUGUGGAUAACUGAUGAUGGACCCUUUGUGGUUGUCAUGGAUCCUUUAGAUGGUUCCCGAAAUAUUGAUGCCUCAAUACCCACAGGGACGAUAUUUGGGAUUUACAGACGUCUUAUGGAAAUUGAUCAUCUUCCAGUAGAGGAAAAGGCUUUGCUAAACUGCCUUCAGAGUGGAGCAAAGCUUGUUGCUGCAGCUUAUGUUCUCUAUUCGUCAGCCACAAUACUCUGCACCAGUUUUGGUUCUGGAACGCAUGCAUUCACAUUGGAGCAUACAACCGGAGAUUUCCUCUUGACACAUCCUAACAUCAGCAUUCCACCUCGAGGGCAAAUUUAUUCAGUUAAUGAUGCUCGGUAUUUUGACUGGCCUGAAGGUUUAAGACAGUAUAUUGACACCAUAAGACAAGGGAAGGGAAAACAUCCUAAGAAGUACUCAGCCAGAUAUAUAUGUUCUCUAGUGGCAGAUUUUCAUCGGACUCUUUUAUAUGGGGGAGUGGCAAUGAAUCCAAGGGACCACCUUCGUCUUGUUUAUGAAGCAAAUCCCCUGAGUUUCUUAGCGGAAAAGGCUGGGGGUAGAGGUUCAGAUGGUAAAAACAGAAUUUUAUCUAUUCAGCCUGUCAAGCUACACCAAAGACUUCCUCUAUUUUUGGGUAGUCCAGAUGAUAUAGAAGAAUUACAGAGUUAUGGGGAUGUUCAGCAGAAAGUAAACCCUGGUUACGACGUUUAAUACCUUGGUCAUCUUUCAAGCAUUUCGGACUUUGUUCUUGUUCAGCUCAUCUCUCUUUCACGUGUAAAUUUUUGCCUGGGGCAGUUCUUGGCUCGCAGAUAUGCUCUUCACUGGAAUAAACAUGUGAUUUCUUUACUUAGUCUUGAAGAUUUUCACAUGAUGAACUUCAUGUAUCUUUAAAGCACCUUAAACUUUUAAAGAAAUUUACUGUAAAUUUUGUUUGGAUUAAUGUUCGUGGACUGCAUUUGGAAGUGUAUCAUAUGCUAAACAAGGGACUUUGAGUUUA